GGUACUUGUAGGUACUUAUUAAUCACUAUAAAAUAAAUAGUUAACCUAACUUUUGAAUUUCCUUUCAUAUAAUUGCAAUUUGAACUGUUAUUAUUAGCUUUUCACUUUAUUCGUUUGAAAUGUUUAUCUAUAUAAAAUAAACUUGAAUGUUUAAAUAAUCUAAAAAGCAUUUGAUAAAAGUAGUUUCCUUUUGUGUUAAAUAGUUUUAAAAUAGUGCAAACAUGGGUAUUUUAGAAAAAAUAUCAGAAAUAGAAAAGGAAAUCGCCAGAACACAGAAGAAUAAAGCAACGGAGUACCACUUGGGUUUAUUGAAGGCAAAGCUAGCUAAGUACCGUUCACAACUUCUGGAACCUUCUAAGAAAGGUGGAGAAAAAGGGGAGGGCUUUGAUGUACUAAAAUCUGGUGAUGCCCGAGUGGCUCUUAUUGGUUUUCCAUCUGUGGGCAAGUCCACAUUACUGUCAACCCUAACACACACACACUCAGAGGCAGCAAGCUAUGAAUUUACAACUCUAACAUGUAUUCCUGGAGUAAUUGAAUACAAAGGUGCUAACAUACAACUGCUCGAUUUACCUGGUAUUAUUGAAGGCGCUGCCCAGGGCAAGGGUAGAGGAAGACAGGUAAUAGCAGUAGCUCGCACGGCUGAUCUGGUGCUCAUGAUGUUGGAUGCGACCAAGCCAUAUGUGCAUCGACAGCUGCUGGAGAAAGAAUUGGAAAGUGUCGGUAUCAGGCUAAACAAGACAAAGCCCAAUAUAUAUUUUAAGGUGAAGAAAGGCGGCGGUCUUUCUUUCAAUUCGACCUGUCAGCUCACUAAAGUGGACGAGAAGAUGGUGCAGAUGAUCCUGCAUGAAUAUAAAAUAUUCAAUGCCGAGGUGCUAUUCCGCGAAGACUGUUCUGCGGACGACCUUAUCGACGUGAUCCUAUCCAACCGCGUCUACCUGCCCUGCCUUUACGUAUACAAUAAAAUCGACCAGAUCUCCAUACAAGAAGUUGACAGAAUAGCACGGGAACCCAACUCUGUCGUAGUGAGCUGCAAUAUGAAACUGAAUUUAGACUACUUACUGGAGACGCUGUGGGAAUACCUAUCCCUGAUAAGAGUGUAUACUAAAAAGCCUGGCCAACCGCCGGAUUUCGACGACGGACUUAUCCUGAGGAGGGGCGUGACAGUGGAGCACGUGUGCCACGCAAUCCACCGGACCCUGGCCGCUCAGCUCAAAUAUGCUCUCGUCUGGGGCACCAGCACCAAGUACUCGCCGCAACGGGUCGGCAUCCAGCACUUAGUACACGACGAGGAUGUUGUUCAACUCAUCAAAAAAUAGUAUAUUGUCCUUGUAUUGAUAUAAGUUACACGAACAGUCGCUAUCUACAUUUAUAACACGGUAACUUCAUGCGCGGUACGACUGUGGGGAGACGUAAAAAAACACGUGUUCAUACAUAUACUCCUCGUAUAUGUAUGAACACACAUGCCUUUUUUCUCAUUAUUUUAUCCAUUACACAUAAGACUAAGGCUAAUGUAUCUUCGGCCGCAUAACAACCUAUCAACGAGGGCUGACUGCUGAGUAUAGCGCAUCACAUAAGAAUACGCGCAUUGCGACGUUGCCGAUUAACUGUCGACGGAAAAUCGGUACGCGUACGACCGAACAGAGGCGCCAGCGUUUCAUAGCGUUACGUUCACUUAAUGACCGAAAAUCGGCCCGAUGUAGUGUUAGUUUAAAAUCAGCGUAGUCCGACGUAGUGCGGCGAAGAGUUACAGACGAAAAUGGUCGCAGCGCACAAUCGCCACCAUAUGCAGUUUCUUAAUUUUUGAAAUUAUAACGAUCGCCCCGUCCCGGCUUCGCACGGGUGCAAUAUUCGUUUGUGUAGCUUUUAAACUGUUCAACACAUUUUAGUAAGGCUGGUAGUUUAGCAAGUGUGAUACGUACUGCACAAAUAUACUCUAAGAUUUUAAAAUAAACGGCCUAUUUAACAGUUUUAUGUGCGCGCGUUUAUACAUAUAGUUCCUUCUGUGUCCCGCCUACUAUUCUCGCACGGCCAAUGGCAGCGAUAAUGCAAUUAUUUUACCAACUUAUUGUUUUUAUUUCACAUUAUCUUCUGACCAACUGCAUCAAUAAACAUGCUGUAAAAAGUAAAUUUUAUCUCCAUGAAAUUUCCAUUUUGAUUUAUUUUUAUAAGAACUUGUAAAGUAUACGUCAAACCUGUAUCCAAACUUACUCUUGUAUUAUUUAUUUUACUUUUAACAAAAACCAUUUUUUGGCUGAGAUAUUAAACUUAAAUAUAUGGUGUCGCGGACAUUUUUGUAAAGCUAAAAGUAAUGAAUAUUUUAUUAGAGAUUUUAUUCCUUUAUUUUAAAACAUUCAGGCAAUGCACAUGGUGUGCGUUGCAUUAUAAAUUUUUUACCUACUUCAGUUACAUUUAUUGUGAUUAAUUAUUGAAAAUAUAUACUUAUAAAAAUGAAAAAUAGCCCUCAGGGAUACUUUACUAUCAUUUCAGGCAUUAUCCGUCCACUGCUGGACGGAUAAUGCCUGAAAGCUUCCCCCAUAGACUGCCAUAAAGAAAGGUCCUGAGCCACCUGCAUCCACUGACUCCCUGCAACGCAUUUCAGGUCGUCACUCCAUCUAGUGGGGGGUCGUCCUACACUGCGUUUACCCGUACGCGGUCGCCACUCAAGAACAUUUCUUCUCCAUCGGUUGUCGGUUCUUCGAGCUAUGUGACCAGCUCAUUGCCACUUCAGCUUGCUUAUCCUUCAGACUAUGUCGGUUAUUUUGGUUCUUUUGCUGAUAUUCUUGUUUCGGAUUCUAUCACGCAUAGAGACUGAGCAUAGCCCUCACCAUAGCCCGCUGAGUAACUCGUAGCUUUUGCAUACAGGCAAUCGUGUAGGACCAUGUUUCGGUUCCAUAAGUCAUCAACAAGCAAUGGUUAAAGAUCUUCGUCUUCAAAUUCUGAGGUAUUUUGGAUGAAAAGAUGUGGCGUAGUUUCCCGAACGCUGCCCAGUCGAGUUGGAUUCAUCGGUUGACCUCUCGGUUGAAGUUGGACUUACCCAUUCGAACAACUUGUCCCGAAUAUAUACAUACUCAUCGACAACUUCGAGCAUAGUGUUCUCAAUCGUAACCAAUAUAGGUGUGACCAUGGACGUUAGACAUGAUCUUAACCCUUUUAGUGCCAUUGAUUUUUACUCAUAUCUACUUAAAAAUGCCAAAGAAAUCUUUGUCGUGUUGAUGUCAUUUACCCUUGUACAGCAAGCUAAACAGCGACUGAUUUCACGAACGCUGUGACGCUCGUGGCACUUUUAGUUGCAAUGCGCACGAGCGCGAUGACACUCGUCGGCACUCAAAGGGUUAAUCUUGUCCAUGUUCAUCUUAAGACAUACCUGUUGAGAAACACUUGAGUUCCUUGAGCAUGGUAAUCAGAUCCUCCAGGGAUUCCGCCAUAGUUACUAUGACGUCGGCAAGUGAGUAAUGUAUUCGCCAUUGAUGUUAAUACCAUAUCUAUAUAUUCCAAGAGUUUGAAAACAUUUUCCAAAUGCAGCUGUGAAUUUUGUUCCAAUGCAGCUUUAUAAUAUUAGUACAGAUUAAACGUAAUUUAAACUAGUUUACAUGACAUAGACUUCAUCAGUUUAAAAAAAAAAAACAUGGUUUCAUGAAAACAAAUUCUUUCACAUUAUGAAAUUAUAUUUUAUAAAUUAGGCCUAAGUCCUCUUCACCACUUCGUCGGACUGCGCUAAUCCUCCCCCCCCCCCCCCCCACAUACCGCACACGAAUACGAUGCGCCAUAAUAUACUCGACCAACUUUUCCUGAUACAAUAAUGGACUAUGUAAUAAAUAAAUUACAUAAAUAUGUAUUAUUUAUCUACAAUAUUAUACCUAAUUAUUGUUUUCAUAAUAUGGUUUUUAUGCGAUUAUGAAUUUUAUUUUUAAGGUCUGUUUAACACUGGAUGGUAAUGUAGUAAGUAUAUAAUGUGUUACCUUUCCUUUUCGUGCCGAGUAUGUGGUAGGAAUCAUAGGGGUCAACCAUAAAAUGAUAUUCUGAAAAUGAAUUUUCGGAAUGAAGCUCAUUAUUUCGUUCGUCAUAAAUCCUACCAUUAAAAUUCAAAGGAACGAUACUUUAAUAUUUUGAAACGGUAUGUAUUAUGUCUUUUUAACAUGAGAUUUGUGUUUCAUUCGGCCCCAAUAUUUCGGAAAACAUUUCACUAUACGACAUAAAUUCGAAAUUUCAUUUCAUGGUAGACCCUAUGGUGUGAACAUUUUUGUUACGAACGUGCAACCAACUUUGUUAUCAACCAAUAAUGCGCAUGAUGCAGUUUUAUGUUAUAUGCUUUUAUUUUAAUAAAUAUGUUUGUACAGGUUAAGCCAUUGUACAUACUCGAUUUACUUUUGCAUUGGAAUAAAACUUUUAUUAAUGCA